GCAGUCAGAAUCAGCAUGUUGAAGAAGAAAAACACAGUCGUCGUCGGGCUUGCUCUUAUUGGCUCCGCACUGUUCUUUUUCGCCGCCCACGUGCUCGCUGAAGAUGAGCCUCCAAGGGUCACUCUUGAUGAUUUGGGCACCCUGAUCGGGAAGGAAAGUCUCACGCGAAACAACAGGACGAUCCACAGCUUCCAAGGCAUACCUUUUGCUGAACCUUCAUCAGGGAUCAACAGGUUUCAGCCUCCAAUUCCAAAAUCAUGGAGUGGUGACCUGAUGGCAACAAGCCCUGGCAUUGCCUGCAUUCAGCCAGAAUAUAAGCAGAUCGUUCAAAGGGUUCGCAGGCACUUGGUGUGGCAUGAUUUGGAACACAGAAAUAAUUUUUCUCGGGCCGAUCCUGAAGACUGCCUCACUUUGAACGUCUACACGCCUGACUUGACUCACAAUGGAUCUCUACCAGUCGUGGUUUAUUAUCACGGAGGCUCGUUCAUGAUAGGCUCGGAGAUAAGCUUCAGGCCCGACUUUCUGCUAGACAGGGAUGUCAUCCUGGUCGUGCCACAAUACAGACUUGGUCCAUUUGGAUUUCUUUCAAUGCAAAAUGAAUUGAUUCCUGGAAAUGCCGGCCUCUUGGACAGUUUAGAGGCCUUAAAAUGGGUAAACAAACACAUUUCCAAGUUUGGCGGAAACGAAGGUCAUGUGACGGUAUUCGGUCAAAGCGCUGGCGCGUCUAUUGCCAACUACUUGAUGCUCAGUCCCUUGGCGGAAGGACUGUUGCACGGUGUAAUCAUGAACAGCGGCUCCGCAAUUGUGUCUUGGGCGCUGGACGAUACGCCCGUGAAAGAGGCCAGAACAAUUGCACUCAUGGCCGGCUGCCUUGGCGACGACCAGAAAGUGUCUGAGUGCAUGCGAAAUUUAUCUGCCGACAAACUGUUAUCGGCGUUCGUCAUGUACGGCAACUUGGGUUCGUUUAAAGGAGGACUCCCGGUUGUGUCCAGACCGGACGAGCCGGCAGAAACGAAAUUCAUGCCGGAAAAUCCUGCCGACCUGGCCAAAAAAGGAGCGUUUGCCAAUGUGCCAAUCAUGGCUGGCGCCACCAGGCAUGAUUCGAUGUGGAUGGUCGAUAUUUUGCACAGUGUCUUGAAUGUGUUAGGAGUGGAAGACAAUGAAACCUACAUUCGGGAAAGCCUAAUUGGUCUAAUGAUGCAAAUUGAUGGAACUAAAGACCCCGUUGGAGCUAUAAAUGAUUUAAUAGAGCGCAGAUAUUUUAGUUAUGUGACUCCUGAAAAGAGAGGCAACUUCACAGAAAUCCUUGCUGGAGUUUUGGACUACAUGACCACAGUCACAAUGAAAGCCCCAGCGCUCCAAAUGGCUAAACUGAAUACCAAAGCGGAUAAUUACCUUUACACUUUCGAUUACAAAGGUCGUUAUCACCUGCCAGGCAACGGCAUUAACGAUCCAAACGGCUUGUUUAAAGAAGGAGUGUGCCACAGCGACGACAUGAUCUACUUGACGCCAAGAGUAGACGACUCUUUUAACGUAGAGGAAACCGCCUUGUCGAAUUUAAUGGUGGAUCUGUGGGCGAAUUUCAUCAUUUCUGGCAAUCCCAAUGAGCCGAAAACGUUACCGAUCGCAUAUUGGCCAAAGUACAACUCGACUGAAAAGUUCUACUAUGAAAUCAACACCGUGGCAAAAGCUAAGAAAGAUUUCACCAACGAAUUCACUGCUGCCAUCCAAGACAGCUUGCCACGAAGUGCUGCAUUUCAAAUCCAUGCUGCCAACAGUAAUUUGGGAUUAACUUUGUUUGCUUUAAUAUUCUUCUUUAAAUAA